UUUGGAGAAAAAAACCAAUUCACUUCAGUGGUGUGUUGUUUCCAGAGAGAAAGUAAUAUAAUUUUUUUUUCUGUUCUCACUGACUUAAGUGAGGGGACUUAUCCUCCCUACACUGAUCUAGGUGGAUGGGGUGCGGCGCUGGACUGGGGUUGUGUCCGGGCUCUUCGUGUGGAGCUGCCGCCUCCUCGCUGCCCCCUUGCUUCCCCCCGGCCAGUCUUUCUGCUGCCGCCGUCCGGGAGAGGAGGCGAGUGGCUCGGGCCGCGGCCCCCGCUCCUCGCUCCCUCUCAUACACUCGGGCACCGGGCGCUGCUGGGGCCCCGGCCAGGCAGCGCAGGGAACCCAGGCGGCCGGGCUCAGCGCCGCUCCCACUCUGGUCUCAGAGCGAUUGGUUCGGGAAAAGAGAGGGGAAGAGGCUGUAGAUCGUUCUUUGUGUGGUCGGGGAUUGCGUCGUUGCGGUUGGCCAAUCGGGUGAUUAGAGGCAUGACAUUAAGACUAAUCUAUACUACUACAGCAGUGCAGAAGAGAAAUGUUGCAGCCUCAGGACCUGAAAAGUAUACAGAGGCUUUUAUUAAAAACCAGAUUGAAGAGUUCAACCUAGGAAAAAGACAUUUAGCCAACAUGAUGGGGGAAGAUCCAGAAACUUUUACCCAAGAGGAUAUUGAUAAAGCUAUUGCCUACCUCUUCCCCUCUGGCUUAUUUGAGAAAAGGGCCAGGCCUAUAAUGAAGCAUCCCACUGAAAUUUUUCCGAAACAAAAAGCAAUCCAAUGGGGAGAAGAUCACCGUCCAUUUCACUUUCUCUUUUAUACUGGCAAGCAGUCAUUUUAUUCAUUAAUGCAUGAAAUAUAUGGGAAACUGCUAGACAUUCAGAAAUACGAAGACCACUUGAGAGCCCAAAGCUUACUUGCUGAGAACAGAAAACUAAUAAACCUGAUUGGCAGCAGAUGGCUGAUUAAGGAGGAAUUGGAAGAAAUGUUAGUGGAAAAACUGUCAGAUCAUGAUUAUUCGAUGUGUAUUCAGCUGCUAGAAAGAUUAGUGACGUUGCCAUGUUGUGGCAUUGAGGAAGAGUAUGUGCUAAAGUUUCGCAGAGAACUAUCUAUACAAUUAAAAAAGAUGGUGAUUGAGCCCCUGCAAUAUGAUGAGCAAGGAGUGGCCUUCAGCACUGGGGAAGGCAAAAGAAAGACUUCGCGAGCAACCGCAGUAAUUUAUGACAAUGGAAGUGGAAAAAUUACAGUGAACGGAGUAGAUUAUUUAUAUUAUUUUCCAGUGAUGCAAGACAGAGAACAGCUAAUGUUCCCAUUCCAGUUCCUUGAUAGACUUGGAAUACAUGAUAUGAUCUGUACCGUCUCUGGUGGAGGGAGGUCCUCACAGGCUGGAGCGAUCCGUUUAGCCUCUGCAAGAGCACUGUGUAGUUUCAUCACUGAAAAUGAAGUGGAAUUUAUGAGGCAAGCUGGACUACUGACAGCUGAUCCACGUGUCAGGGAACGAAAGAAGCCUGGUCAAGAGGGAGCCCGUAGGAAGUUCACCUGGAAAAAACGCUAAGUCUAACUGGAGCAGAUGUUAAAAGUUUUAUGUGUUACAACAGUUUCAAAACAUCACCAACCAUAUGAUUUCUUUAUAAUCACUGUUGUGUAAAUAUAUCUGGUAAUAAAUGUUUUGUUUCUAA